AUGCCAAAUAGCAAGAACCACAGCUUUCUUUCCAACUCCUCUUUAUCAAACGUCUGUGACUACAAUCCUCUCAAUGCAAUGUUUAAGAUUUCUCUGAAUGGAAAGACAUGCCGGAGUUUGUCCACUGGGGAGAUGGUGUCCGAAACAAAAGAAGAGAAGCGUAGAAACAGUGAUGGUAGUACAAUGAGAAGUCAAUUUGAAGAAUUAUUACGCUAUUCACUUGGUCUUGGCAGUUCGUAUCCAAAGUAUAUUAAUGAUUCCAGUAGUAGCAGUUCUUUAUCUGAUCUGUCUGAGGACACUAAAGUUAGCGAGUCACCCCUGAGAUCGACAAUCACGGAUACAGCUUUGUCGAUGUUAGGAAUAAAGACAAAUCAAAAGACAGGUGGAAAUAAAAGCAGUGGAAAUGCUCCCAAUGUAUACAGGCCUGCUAAUUAUCUAGGCUCCAUUAGCUCACCUGAUAUGUCAUACCAGGAUAAAAUAUUGGCUGCUUCUGUUGGAUCCACUUCUGAUAAUGCCAUCACAAAUUAUUCCAUGAAAGAGACCAAAAGACUUAAUAAAGGAAUCCUAAAAAGACCAUCAACAGAAAAGCUUAAUACAGCUAACUUAUCUUUAUUAUCUGGCAAUGGUCUGAUUCCAAUUGACCCCAAACCUUCUGCUACCAAAGAGGUGUGUUCUGCUAUUAGAGGAUUGAAUUCUUUGCCGUGUAAAGCUACCAAUAUGCAGAGGGUCUCUUCAAUGAUAGAGAGUCGACCGAACCACACCAAUAAAUCAUUCUCAUCAUCAUCGACAUCUUCUUCUUCAUCCUCUUUAAAGACACCAAUGGUGACCCUAAAUCCAGUUGAAGACAAUGAAGUAGUUACACCUCGUCAAUUUGGCAAGAGACACGGGAACAAAAACAAUCGAAAAUCUUGGCCCUCAUAUCAGGGCCCACCUCUGGACAUUUCAGAAGAAAUGUCUGAUCUGUCACUUUUGAAAUCAAGUCUGUUGGGCCGAGACCGCAAUUUGGUCAAAUUAGUCCAGAGGCAAAAGCGAAGUUAUUCUUUUGAUAAAAACAGCAUUUUUGAGGAUGUUGAUGGUGUAGAACCUGGACGCAUCAUCAUGGGAAGUAACCGUCUUUCAAAUUAUUCAUUCAAUUCGUCCAGUUCCUUUGUUUCAGUUGGAAGCCCCUCAAAUGAAUCCUACAACUCUAUGUUCACAUCGCUUGAGUCUUUUGUCUCGGCAUGUGAUGCUUCAGCGAAAACUGCACCUGUCAACGGCAGCACAUCUGCAGAAUCAUUCGCAACAGUCAAUGAUUCUUCAACAGAAAUUGUAUCUGUCAAUGGGAGUACAUCAGCGGAAUCCUUUAUGACUGUAGGUGACACAGUUAGUGAGCACGCAUCCAUGAAGAACUCUUCAACAGAACCUCAGCAGAUUUUACAGAAUUACCGACACAAGAACCAGCAAAUGCAAAAAUCAAUUCUUACAUUAACACCUCCGUUCCCUCAGCCAUUUUCAUCCUCUUCUUCUUCUCCGUCAUCACCUCUGCUGUCUUACGAGGACAAUCAAACAAAAGGACAUAUAAAUGCUUGUACAGACAGCUCACUUUCUGUUAAUGUUGACUGCGGCUCAGACGCACUCACACCAGAAGAUGAAGCCAGCAUUCCAAGUAAUGUGACAACCCCAAGACAGUCAUACAUUGAGGAUUCUGAUCAAGUCAGUUUGAGCAGCAGCAGUACCUCAGAUGGAAGCCAGUUGGCAGGAGAGUGUCCUUUUAUCUUCAAUUGUAAUAUAAGCCGAGCUGUGAAGCUAACUUUGUCUAGCACAUGUCCUACAUGCCAUUGUUCCUUAGGUAAGUAA